GUUUGUUUCCAGUCGGGUGAUUUACCGGUGCACCGUGAUGAACUUCCGUUUCGGUGUUUCCAGCGCACGUGUGAGACCUAAACAGGAGGAAAAGCUGCUCGCGGUUUAAUGUUCAGGGUCUAACUGAUAAAACCCUGAAAAGAGAGCAGGAUGGAUGGAAAAGAGAAGAAACAGAAGAAGCACCAGCAGAAGCACAGCGGACCGAAGGCAGAGAAGAAGAAAGCCAAGAAACAGGGAGGAUCCGUGGAAGAAGAUGAGCGUAAACGGAACCCCAAAGCGUUUGCGGUGCAGUCCGCCGUCCGCAUGGCCAAGACCUUCCACAGAGCCCAGGACCUGAAAACCAAAAAACACCACAUCCCUCUGGUGGACCGGACCCCCCUGGAACCGCCCCCGGUUGUGAUUGUGGUUGUCGGACCCCCCAAGGUUGGGAAGAGCACCCUGAUCCGCUGCCUGAUUAAAAACUUCACCAGACAGAAGCUUGGAGACAUCUGUGGACCCGUGACCAUCGUGUCCGGUAAAAAACGUCGGCUGACGUUCAUGGAGUGCAGCAGCGACAUAAACACCAUGAUCGAUCUUGCUAAGGUGGCAGACCUGGUGUUGAUGCUAAUCGACGCCAGCUUCGGCUUUGAGAUGGAGACGUUCGAGUUCCUCAACAUCUGCCAGGUUCACGGCUUCCCUCGGAUCAUGGGGGUCCUGACCCACCUGGAUUCCUUCAAGAACAACAAGUCUCUGCGGAAGACAAAGAAAAACCUCAAACACCGUUUCUGGACGGAGGUUUACCAGGGAGCCAAGCUGUUCUACCUGUCUGGGAUGGUGUACGGCGAGUACCAGACGCAGGAGGUGAAGAAUCUGGGCCGCUUCAUCUCCGUCAUGAAGUUCCGUCCUCUGGUGUGGCAGACCUCUCAUCCUUAUGUGCUGGCUGACCGUAUGGAGGAUUUAACUGACCCUGAGAAGAUCCGGACGGAUCCCAAAUGUGACCGGACUGUGUCGCUGUACGGCUACCUGAGGGGGGCGCAUCUGAAAAACAAAGGCCAGGUCCACAUCCCAGGUGUUGGAGACUUCCAGGUGAGUGACGUGAACUUCCUGCCCGACCCAUGUCCGCUGCCAGACGCUCAGAAGAAGAGGGCUCUGAACCAGAAGGAGCGUCUGCUUUACGCCCCCAUGGCUGGCGUUGGAGGACUGGUUUAUGACAAGGACGCCGUCUACAUCGACCUGCCGGCCGGCCACGUCAACCAGCUGCAGGAGGAGCUGCGUCCCACCACCGAGCUGGUGCAGUCUCUGAUCGACACGCACGCCACCCUGGACACCAAGAUGGCCGCCAGUAAGGUGUCUUUGUUCAGUGGCUCGGCCACUCUGGAUUCCGCAGGCAUCAGCCAAGAGGCCAGGGAGGAGCAGGGCUUCCAGGAGGAAACGGUCUGGGAUCCAAACACCCAAAGAGAGCGAAGGAAGGUGGUCUUCACUGAGGAUGAGGACGACGACAGCGGCGGCAGUGACAGCGAGGACGACGACAGCGACGGCAGUGACCAGGCUGAUGAUGAAGACGAAGAGGAGCAUCCGCAGGCGGCAGCAGACUGUAAAGAGAAGUCAGCAGGUGGCGCUCCACCGCAGAAGAAGCAGAAGGUGGAGGCAGAGGCGCUGAGGACAGGAAGCUCAGCCGAGAUGCCAGCUUUUGCAGACAGCGAAGACGACCUGGAGAUGAGCGAGGAGGAAGAGGAGGCGGGGUCACCUGGUGACUCUGGGCACAGUUCUGAAGAUGAGGAGGAGGAGGAAGAAGAGGAGGAGAGUGAGGAUAAAGGUGGUGCAGCUGUAGACCUGGAGAAGCAGGAGUCUGACGAAGAGGAGGAGGAAGAGCAGGGGGCUCUUAGAUGGAAGGAGGGCCUGCAGCAGAGGGCAGCCGAGGCGUUCCUACGGCAACAGGAAGCUGCUCCAAACCUCAGGAAGCUGGUCUAUGGUUCAGUUGUGGAGGCGAAGGAGGAGGAGGAGGAUGAGGAGGAGGAGCUGGGCGGGCUGUUCAGAGUCAGCCGGCCUCAGAAAAGCAAAAAGGUCCAGGCCAACGCCCUGGACUGUUCCCGGUUCCAGCCCGACGCAGGACGCGACUGGGACGGCGAAGAGAUGCUGGACUCCAUCAGGGAUUGUUUCGUCACAGGGAAGUGGGAGGAAGGCCAGGAUGCAGAAACUCUGCUGAAACAAGACGAGGAGCUGUAUGGUGACUUUGAAGAUCUGGAAACAGGAGAAGUCCACGUCAGCCACCCUGAGAAUACAGAGAAUCAGGCUGAUGAUGAUGAUGAUGAUGAAGAAGAGGAAGAGAUCCAGGUGAAGGUGGAUGAUGAAGAGGCUCAGAAGAACAAACGUUUGGAGAAGAAGCGUCGGCUAAAGGAGCGCUUUGACGCCGAGUACGACGACGGCGGCGAUGCUACGUACUUUGAUGACCUGAAGGAGGAGAUGCAGAAGCAGGCGGAGCUGAACAGGGCGGCGUUCGAGGACAUGGAUGACGAGAGCAGAGUUCAGUACGAAGGCUUCCGGCCGGGAAUGUACGUCCGAGUGGAGAUCUGCUCUUUGCCCUGCGAGUUUGUCACGAACUUUGACCCUCAUUACCCCGUCAUCCUGGGUGGACUGGGCUCCAGCGAAGGAAACGUGGGAUACCUUCAGAUGCGGCUGAAGAAACACCGAUGGUACAACCGCAUCCUGAAGACGAAGGAUCCCCUCAUCUUCUCCCUCGGCUGGCGUCGCUUCCAGACCAUCCCCCUGUAUCACAUCGAGGAUCACAACGGCCGCCACCGCCUGCUCAAGUACACGCCGCAGCACAUGCACUGCGGCGCCUCCAUCUGGGGUCCGAUCACCCCACAGGGUUCAGGUUUCCUGGCUGUGCAGUCGGUGGCAGGAAUGAAAUCCAGCUUCCGUAUCGCGGCCACUGGAGUGGUUCUGGAUCUGGAUAAGUCGGUGACCAUAGUGAAGAAGCUGAAGCUGAUCGGAUAUCCCUUCAAGAUCUUUAAGAACACCUGCUUCGUUAAGGGGAUGUUCAACACGGUUCUGGAGGUGGCCAAGUUUGAGGGGGCCUCUGUGAGGACGGUGUCGGGCAUCAGGGGUCAGAUCAAGAAGGCUCUGUCUUCCCCAGCGGGAGCCUUCAGAGCCACGUUUGAGGACCGGCUGCUCAUGAGCGACAUCGUGUUCCUUCGCUCCUGGUACCCGGUGUCGGUUCCUCAGCUCUACAACCCAGUCACCUCCCUGCUGCUGCCUGCUGGUGAGAAGGACAGCUGGUCAGGCAUGAGAACCCUGGGAGAGCUCAAACACGACCUGGGCAUCCGGAACAAACCCAACCCAGACUCUCUGUACAAGCCGAUAGUCCGAGCAAAGAGGCACUUCAACCCGCUUCACAUCCCCAAGGAGCUGCAGAAGGCGCUCCCCUUCAAGAGCAAGCCCAAACAGCAGCAGCCCAAAGGGAAGACGCCCAGAGACCUGCAGAGGCCCAGCGUGAUCAGGGAGCCCCAGGAGAGGAAGGUGGCAGCACUGCUUCAAGCUCUGAGCACGGUUCACAAUCACAAGAGGAAGAAGGCCCAUACGGCGCAGCACGCCAAACACAAAGAGUUCCUGCAGCAGAAGGAGAAGGAAGAGGAGGCCAAGCUGAAGAGGCAGAGGGAGGCGAAGAAGAAACUGUACCGAGUGAUGGGUCAGAUGGACCAGAAGAAGCAGCGGUCCAGCCUGAAGGGGGCAGCAAAGGACGACUAGUGACCUGGAACCAGACUCGUCUGUGGAGACUCUGUAGACCUGCAGCAGGAAGUUCAGCAGCUCUGACCGCUGGGAUUUAAUCCCUGCUGACAUAAUCUGACAGUUGCAGAUUAUCGUCUCUGCUUUGAUUCAUGUAGUAAAGAAAGUUCUUCUUUUUUGGAGGAUUAUGGUGCGCCGUUCUGCACCAACUUUGGACGUCUUGACAUCUUGAGCCUGAACUUCGGUGCCGUUAUGGAAGCAGGUCGACUUGUUCUGCCUCUACUGCAGGUCUGGACUAGGAGAGGAAGCUAGCAGGGCAGAAUGUCGCAGACGGCAUCCAUCAACGCCUCAGGUCCUACUGUGGGAGUCAUACCGGCUCUGAGUGAGCCAAUCAGUGAGCGGGGUUGAGAUAAGAGCUGUGUAGAGGUCAGAGGUCAUCGGUUCUGUUAGCAGAUCAGUAGAGAAACCGAGCCUCUUUAUCUGAGCUGAUUAAAGCUGCUCCACUGACCCACAGAGAGAAAAUAGGAGAUAUUAUCUGGAAAAUGGGAUUAAAUUCCUGUUCUGGUUGGGAAUGGAUGGGACUGAUCAAAGGUUCCAGUUCAUCCAGAAAGACUCACAGCUCUGAACUCUGCCAUGUUUGGUUCCCUCUUAACAGUUAAACUGAUUUUACAGGAACUUCCUCAUCAUAGAAAUGUAUCACCAAUAUGAACCUAAUAAAAUGUUCCCACCCUAUGGUUGAUAA